UUCUUCUUCUGGUGGUGGAAAGCCCUAAUUACUGCGAUUGCUGAUGGACCUUGGAAAGAAGGCUGCACUGGUGCCCCGCUCCGCAGUCGGACACGCUCAGCCUGCGCCGGACAGAGCGAGCGCUCGCCCGCCGCCCCCCGCCAGCUCCGCGGGCCCCCGCGCUCCCCCGGCAGCCGCCGCCGUCCGCUGCUUGGGAGGAUACCGCCCGGCUCCUGCGAUCCAGGAUUUUACUUUCGCCUCGCCCUUUCCCCUCCUGCUCUGCUUGGAUUACUUGGCUGCUCUCGCUCGGUGAUCCCGCGGCAAUGGAGAAAUCCACCGCAGUUUUAAUCCAAGGAGGUGCUUUGGGGACAGUUGGCAGUGCAAUGGCUUCUCAGUACCUCAUAGUGGCUCUGGCCAUUUUCUCCUCUUUUACCCAGGUUGUAAUAGAAGCCAGCUCUUGGUGGUCUUUAGGGAUGAACCCUAUGAACCCCAUGAACCCUGUUCAGAUGUCAGAGGUAUAUAUAAUAGGAGCCCAGCCACUAUGUAGCCAGCUAGCAGGGCUUUCCCAAGGACAGAAGAAACUCUGCCAAUUGUAUCAGGACCAUAUGCAGUUCAUUGGAGAGGGUGCGAAGACGGGCAUUAAGGAGUGCCAGUAUCAGUUCAGACAUAGAAGAUGGAAUUGCAGCACUGUGGACAACAACUCUGUUUUUGGCAGAGUCAUGCAGAUAGGCAGCCGGGAGACGGCGUUCACCUACGCCGUGAGCGCGGCCGGGGUGGUCAACGCCAUGAGCCGUGCCUGCCGGGAGGGUGAGCUCUCCUCGUGUGGCUGCAGCCGAGCAGCACGGCCCAAGGACUUGCCCCGGGACUGGCUUUGGGGUGGCUGCGGGGAUAACAUCGAAUACGGCUACCGCUUCGCCAAGGAGUUCGUUGAUGCCCGGGAGCGCGAGAGAGUUUACCAGAGAGGCUCCUACGAGAGCGCCCGCAUCAUGAUGAACCUGCACAACAACGAGGCCGGGAGAAGAACUGUCUACAACCUGGCCGACGUGGCCUGUAAGUGCCACGGUGUCUCUGGUUCCUGUAGCCUGAAGACCUGUUGGCUGCAGCUUGCCGAUUUCCGCAAGGUAGGCGAUGCCCUGAAGGAGAAAUACGAUAGCGCUGCUGCCAUGAAACUCAACAGCCGGGGCAAGCUGGUGCAAGUCAACAGCCGCUUCAACGCACCCACCAUCCACGACCUGGUCUACAUCGAUCCCAGCCCUGACUACUGCGUGCGCAACGAGAGCACUGGGUCCCUGGGCACCCAGGGCCGCCUUUGCAAUAAGACCUCGGAGGGCAUGGACGGCUGCGAACUCAUGUGCUGUGGCCGGGGGUACGACCAGUUCAAGACGGUGCAGCGAGAGCGCUGCCACUGCAAGUUCCACUGGUGCUGCUACGUGAAAUGCAAGUUGUGCACAGAGAUCGUGGACCAAUUUGUGUGCAAAUAGGGGACGGACAAGGUGGGAGGAACUGCAGCCACCUGCCAGCAAGGGGUGCAGGCCCCUCUCCCUUUCCACAGGACUAUCUCCACUUUAUUUAUAGAGUCCAAUGAGUUGUCGUCUUCUUUAAAAAAAAAAAAAAAAAAAAAAAAAAAAGUGCGGGGGGGAGGAGAAAAAAAGAAAGAAAAAUAUAAAGGUUGCAAAGAGAAGUGCCUGGAAACCCUCUCUGCGUCCAUCCCAGAACUGUGUGUGGCUUAUAUUUUUGGCAAUAAUGGGGAAGAACCUGAGAAUAUUUAUUUUACAAAGUAAAAAGAAAAAAUUGACUUUUCUUAAAAACAAUAGAGUAGUUUGAGGGGAAAAAUCCAACAUAUCCUAAUUUAGUCCCAUGGGACGUAAUACAUGUGCAGUAGGCAGAGCAACCAUGUAAUGUGCUUGGGAUGUUAGAACAAUCUUUAUGGGUGUGAGGAGCACACAGACCUGUCCAUGACUUUUAGUUUCAGACACUAGAAGUUAUCAGAAUAGGGUAUAUAGAGCUGUUCAGUACAUUUAGGGCUCUGUAAAUAAGGGGUAUAUUCAUUGCAAAGUGUGGUGUCAGUUGUGUAUCUGAAUGUGCCCGCUUAAGUACACAAUGUCAUCGGAGGGUAAAGAGCAAAGGAUCAUAAAGGCUUCAACUGCGCUAGUCCUGAGUCACCGUGUCUGGUUCCAGAACCUCACAAGACCAAAAAAAACCAAAAGAAAAAAAUCUGCCUUGACAAAUAAUAAAGAUACUCUCCAAGGCAGAAUUUGGCCUGAUUAGCUAAUUGUGAUGUUCGAGUGUCUCAUCUUACAGAGCAGUACUUCACUACUACCGAGUGUGGAGAGCAGCCGAGGUGCAGACCGUGUGGAGCACUGUAGCCGGGCGGAGGGGAGCUGCAAUGCUUGCAAACAGUUUUGGUCUCCCAGCCUGGAAAGCCCGUAGAAAAUAGAAUUCCCCAAAUUUGAAAAUGCCUUAAAAAUGGUGUAAUAGCUGGCUGUCUUUCAAAACACAGCUUGACAAAUAACUCCUCUAAUUUUAUGUGAGAAAAUAAAUCAUUAGAUAUCCACUCUUGGAAUGAUUGAUCUUUAUUUUUUUCGCAGAUUUUGGGAAUGCUUUCACUCAAGGAGACAAUGGUUUCAUAUUUUAAUAACAUUAACUGACUAUUAUAGUUCAAUGAAAUGUUGCAGCAAUACCAAAUUUAUCAUCCUAUGUCUUUAAUACACAUGCUUUAGAUAAUAUAUUGCAGAUAUACACUACAACUGUUCAGACUAUACUUGAGCAGUUACAUAUAUAUGGGAGAACUGUGGUCUGCUGGUGUCUGGUAUUUCAAAGCUUUUUGUACAUAUAUAUUUUAAUGAUUUAAGAAAUAAUAAAACACCUAAAUUACAGGGGCAGUUCAUCGCCCUUUUUCUUUUUCAGAUCUCUUCAGGUUUUUAGAUUGAUGCUAACCUUUUGGUGGGGUUUUUUUUGGUUUUUUUUGGUUAUUUUUUAAAAGCUUUUAUCAUUCAAAAGUUUUAAGGAUAAUCACAAAGAAGUAAGCCUCUUCCCAGCUUUAGGACUUUCUUGGGCAGUUGGUAGAGGCAGCACCCUGCACUUGAAUUGAUACCGGUCUGGAGAUCACUUCUAUUCCACUCUCACAUUAAGGGCAUUAUUGAUUAUUGCUAAAGGAGACACCUUCCAACUCUAAAAUGUGCUGCAUUUGGCCCUUGCUUUUCAGUUUUUGAAAUGGAAGUUGUUAUUUGUUGAACAACAUGCGUUCCCCCCCAGUGCUGUGUAGUUACACAGGAUUUCAUCAUUGGUUCAGAUGCCUCUUUCCAACUCAGUCCCAUCCAACAAGUUAAAGAAAAUGGGUUUGCAAAUACCAAGUGAGGAAAAUCUUUCACUUUAGCCUAGUUGUACUAAAGCCUUAACUUUUCACGAGCCUUUAAGCUGUAUCACUAAGUUCAUCUUGAUCAUUUAUCAGCUUCUUAAAUGGCGCUUUAUUGCUCUUAAUUUAUUGUACAAGGACAUAUUUACCCCUCAUCUUCAGAUGUUUGCAAAGAAUAUCUUUAAGAUAAAUAAAUAAAGCACUAAUUCAUUGAAUAUGUCACUUUGGUUUUUAUUGUACAAAAACCAUGAUCAUUUUUUUUUCAUUUGCUGAAUCACCUCAUGUUCCUUUUUAGUGACUUUUGUCUGAGCAGAACUGAAUCUCAUGAUCCUAGCUAUUAAAACACUAUUUAAUGUAAAAUAUUUUACUUGUCAUUCAGAUAUGUAAAUCUUCUAUGUCCUUUCCUCUGUUCUGUACAUUUAAUGUACAUAUUUCUGUCUUGCGUGAUUUGUAUAUUUCUCUGGUUUAAAAAAAAAAAGAAAGGAUUAUGCCAUAAUGGAAGAUAGACUAUAAAAAUAAAACUUUGGUUGUA